AUGUGUAACAACACGAUAUUGAGCGAAUUUUCUCUUGAUGGUGAGGUGAUACUGAAGGCUUUCAUGCUUAAGCGAAUGCUCAAGUCAGUCAAUGGUGAAAUUUUUGCACCUAGGUUAGGUGGGUCCAGCUUGAUGAAGGAAUUUCUACUAUACUGUCACAUAAGGUUGAGAAGAAGAAGAGUUUUUCAACAAUGCUUGGACACAGACAGUGAGGCUCACAAAGAAAUUUCAAAGAAACGACAGCAAAGAAAUGAGAAAUUUAUGAGCAUCCAACUUGAGAAGCUCACCAUGCAAUUGUUUUCAUAUAGUGAGCUAAAAAAAGCAACCAAUGGGUUCAAAGAAGAGCUGGGAAAGGGGUCAUUCGGAGCAGUUUACAAAGGCACUUUGUACAAAGGAAAGAUGUUGAUUGCAAUGAAGAGACUUGAGAAGGUUGUGGAAGAAGGUGAAAGAGAGUUUCAGGCAGAGAUGCGCGUAAUCGGAAGAAGGCACCAUAGAAACUUGGUCCCGUUGCUUGGAUACUGUAUUGAGGGUUCUAAAAGGCUUUUGGUUUACGAGUACAUGAGCAAUGGCUCUCUUGCAGAACUUCUUUUCAAAUCUACAAGGCGCCCAGAUUGGAAAGAGAGAAUUGGAAUUGCCCUAAAUGUUGCGAGAGGGAUCCUCUAUCUAUAUGAAGAGUGUGAGACUCCUAUAAUUCAUUGCGAUAUAAAGCCUCAAAACAUAUUGAUCGAUGAGUUUUGGAAUGCAAAAACCUCCGACUUUGGGUUGUCCAAGUUGUUGAUGCCUGAUCAAAUGAGGACCUUUACUGGAGUUAGGGGGACUACGGGAUACUUGGCUCAAGAAUGGUGCUUUGUUGGGAGGGAGUUGAACAAGUUUACUGUUGUGGGUGAUGAAGAAGUUCACAUGAAGACACUAGAGAACAUGGUUAAAGUGGGACUCUGGUGCAUUCAAGAUGAACCAACUCUUCGUCCUUCCAUGAAAAGUGUAGUUAUGAUGCUUGAAGGCAUUACUGAUAUAUCAAUCCCUUCAUGUCGAACUACGUACUAA